CCUCCUCACCUGCUAAUUUCUCAUCAAAGUUGACGUUUUUCUUCGGAACCCCUUCACCGAUCGGAUCUCGCCACCAAUCUCCGGCGAUGAUUCUCCCGACUCCGCCUCCCAUUGAUGUAACAACAACGAUCAAUCUUUUCAAACUAAUGUACGGUCAAGCCCCACAUUCUGAGUUUACUGCUGCUGAAGGAUCCGAACCAGUGGAAGAAACUGCUAAUUCUGUUGAUGACCCACCAUCGGAAAGGUUCACUUCCACAAUAGAGAAUUUCUCAAAAUUGACUCCGCCUCCCUUUGAUGUAACAACAACGAUCAAUCUUUUCAAACUAAUGUACGAUCAAGCCCCACAUUCUGAGUUUACUGCUGCUGAAGGAUCUGAACCAGUGGAAGAAACUGCUAAUUCUGUUGAUGCACCAAAAGUUGAUGAUCCGCCAAAAGUUGAUGAUCCGCCAUCAGAAAGGUUCACUUGGACAAUAGAGAAUUUCUCAAAAUUAACUCCCAAAAAGGUGUACUCUGAUGUUUUCGUUGUUGGAGGAUAUAAAUGGCGAGUGCUCAUAUUCCCGAAAGGUAACAACUCGGACCAUUUGUCAGUUUAUCUUGAUGUUGCUGAUUUUGCCACAUUGCCAUAUGGCUGGAGUAAAAAUAUUCAACUUAGCCUAGCUGUGGUUAACCAAGUUAAUAGCGACUUCACCAUAAGCAAAGAUACCCAACAUCGGUUCAAUGCACGAACAAAAGAUUGGGGUUUCACGUCAUUUAUGCCUCUUUCUGACCUAUAUGACCCCAGUAAAGGAUAUCUUUUGAAUGAUACAUUCAUAGUUGAAGCUGAUGUGGCAGUUGUUGAUCCACCAACAACAAGGUUCACAUGGACAAUAGAGAAUUUCUCAAGAUUGACUGACAAAAUGCUGUGGUCUGAUGUUUUCUUUGUUGGAGGAUGUAAAUGGCGAGUGCUCAUAUAUCCGAAAGGGAACAACACAGACCAUUUGUCAUUAUAUCUUGAUGCUGCUGAUUCCAUCACAUUGCCAUAUGGUUGGAAUAGACAUGCUCAGUUUAGCCUAGCAAUGGUUAAUCAAAUUCAUAGUGAAUCCACCAUUCGAAAAGAUGCCGAACAUCAUUUCAACGCACAAGAAAGUGAUUGGGGUUUCACAUCAUUUAUGCCUCUUAGUGACCUCUAUGACCCGCGUAGAGGAUAUCUUCUGAACGAUACAUGCAUAGUUGAAGUUGAUGUAGCAGUCAUGGAGCUGGAAGAGGAUGAGAUAUUAGCCCCACAUUCUGAGUUUGCUGCUGCUGAAGGAUCUCAAUCAGUGGAAGAAAAUGCUAAUGCUGUUGAUGCACCAAUAGCUGAUGAUCCACCAUCAGUAAGGUUCACUUGGAUAAUAGAGAAUUUCUCAAAAUUGACUGGCAAAAAGUUGUAUUCUAAUGUUUUCUUUGUUGGAGGAUAUAAAUGGCGAGUGCUCAUAUUCCCGAAAGGUAACAACGGUGACUAUUUGUCAGUUUAUCUUGAUGUUGCUGAUUCUACCACAUCGCCACAUGGUUGGAGUAGAAAUGCUCUGUUUAGCCUAGCUGUGGUUAACCAAAUUCAUAGCGAGUUCACCAUAAGCAAAGAUACCGAACAUGAGUUCAAUGCACGAGAAAGUGAUUGGGGUUUCACGUCAUUUAUGCCUCUUAGUGACCUCUAUGACCCGCGUCGAGGAUAUCUUCUGAACGAUACAUGCAUAGUUGAAGCUGAUGUGGUAGUCCUGGAGCUGGAAGAGGAAGAGAUGUCAGUCCCACAUUUUGAGUUUGCUGCUGGUGAAGGAUCUCAACCAGUGGAAGAAAAUGCUAAUGCUGUUGAUGCACCAAUAGUUGAUGAUCCGCCAUCAGUAAGGUUCACUUGGAAAAUAGAGAAUUUCUCAAAAUUGACUGGCAAAAAGUUGUACUCUCGUGUUUUCUUUGUUGGAGGAUACAAAUGGCGAGUGCUCAUGUAUCCAAAAGGAAACAACACCAACCAUUUGUCAAUGUAUCUUGAUGUUGCUGACUCCACCAUAUCGCCACAUGGUUGGAGUAGAAAUGCUCUGUUCAGCCUAGCUGUGGUUAACCAAAUUCAUAGCGAGUUCACCCUAAGCAAAGAUGCCGAACAUCAUUUCAACGCACAAGAAAGUGAUUGGGGUUUCACGUCAUUUAUGCCUCUUAGUGACCUCUAUGAUCCGCGUAGAGGAUAUCUUCUGAAUGAUACAUGCAUAGUUGAAGCUGAUGUAGCAGUCCUGGAGCUGGAAGAGGAUGAGAUAUUAGCCCCACAUUCUGAGUUUGCUGCUGCUGAAGGAUCUCAAUCAGUGGAAGAAAAUGCUAAUGCUGUUGAUGCACCAAUAGCUGAUGAUCCACCAUCAGUAAGGUUCACUUGGACAAUAGAGAAUUUCUCAAAAUUGACUGGCAAAAAGUUGUAUUCUAAUGUUUUCUUUGUUGGAGGAUAUAAAUGGCGAGUGCUCAUAUUCCCGAAAGGUAACAACGGUGACUGUUUGUCAGUUUAUCUUGAUGUUGCUGAUUCUACCACAUCGCCACAUGGUUGGAGUAGAAAUGCUCUGUUUAGCCUAGCUGUGGUUAACCAAAUUCAUAGCGAGUUCACCAUAAGCAAAGAUACCGAACAUGAGUUCAAUGCACGAGAAAGUGAUUGGGGUUUCACGUCAUUUAUGCCUCUUAGUGACCUCUAUGACCCGCGUAGAGGAUAUCUUCUGAACGAUACAUGCAUAGUUGAAGCUGAUGUGGUAGUCCUGGAGCUGGAAGAGGAAGAGAUGUCAGUCCCACAUUUUGAGUUUGCUGCUGGUGAAGGAUCUCAACCAGUGGAAGAAAAUGCUAAUGCUGUUGAUGCACCAAUAGUUGAUCCGCCAUCAGUAAGGUUCACUUGGAAAAUAGAGAAUUUCUCAAAAUUGACUCGCAAAAAGUUGUACUCUCGUAUUUUCUUUGUUGGAGGAUAUAAAUGGCGAGUGCUCAUGUAUCCAAAAGGAAACAACACCGACCAUUUGUCAAUGUAUCUUGAUGUUGCUGACUCCACCACAUCGCCACAUGGUUGGAGUAGAAAGGCUCUGUUUAGCCUAGCUGUGGUUAACCAAAUUCAUAGCGAGUUCACCCUAAGCAAAGAGACCGAACAUCAGUUCAAUGCACUAAAAAGUGAUUGGGGUUUCACGUCAUUUAUGCCUCUUAGUGACCUAUAUGACCCGCAUAGAGGAUAUCUUCUGAAUGAUACAUGCAUAGUUGAAGCUGAUGUGGCAGUCCUGGAGGUUGUUGAUGUGAAAAGUUCAAUGCCUAAUCUGGAUAGCUUAUCGAUAAAUGGUUAAAAGGUGGUUCGGUUUGGUCUCAAGGGGCAGUUUGGAGGAGAUUAAAAGUAUAGGGACUACAACUUUAAUUUUGGUUUAAAGUUGGUAUUUAUGUUUGUUUGUGACUAUCGUGUUGUUUGUGUCUAUCGGUUAAGGUUCAGUAGCGUUUGAGAUGUGUUAUGGUUCCUUAAAGUUUAUAAGUAUUUAAGUCGUCAUCCUUUGUGACCCAUCGAGUAUGUGAUUUUGCUUUUUUCUGAUAAAUGAAACAAGAGUCGAUCGUCCAGAUCAAUCUUUAGUG